ACGAUUUUAGACAGCAAACGAACAAACAGAAGAAAAAUAAGAAGAAGUGAAAAAAGGAAUUUUUCUGUGACUUAAUUUUUACUACAAAUAUACUUUAUCAAAUUAAAUAGCAUUUCUACCUCAUACACAACAUCAUAAAGUGUCAGGGAACACUGUGAGGAAGAAUCUGAGCUGAUUAUUGCUAAGCUAUGAAUUUCACGAUUUUUUUAAAAGAAUUGUUUCAUCGCAAGUGAUUUUUAAAGGCAAUGUCUUCCACGAGUGAACUAAAGAAGCUUUCUGAAGAGAGUCUAGCCCGUCCACCUGAGGAAGUGUUUGAUAUCAUAUGCAAAUUAGGUGAAGGAAGCUAUGGCAGCGUUUAUAAGGCUCUCUAUAAGGAAAGUGGUGUUGUCGUAGCCAUAAAACUGGUGCCAGUGGAAUCAGAUCUCCAUGAGAUCAUAAAGGAGAUUUCAAUAAUGCAACAAUGCGACUCCCCCUAUGUAGUACGUUACUAUGGAAGUUACUUCAAACAAUGCGAUUUAUGGAUUUGUAUGGAAUAUUGCGGUGCAGGAAGUGUUUCAGACAUCAUGAGAUUACGGAAGAAGACACUAAGUGAAGAUGAGAUUGCCACGAUUCUCAGUGAUACGCUUAAAGGACUGGAAUAUUUACAUUUGCGCCGAAAAAUUCAUCGAGAUAUCAAAGCUGGAAAUAUUCUUCUUAAUUCAGAGGGUCACGCAAAAUUGGCAGAUUUUGGGGUAGCUGGGCAGCUGACAGAUACUAUGGCAAAGCGAAACACUGUAAUAGGUACACCUUUCUGGAUGGCUCCUGAGGUAAUUGAGGAGAUUGGAUACGAUUGUGUGGCAGAUAUAUGGUCAUUGGGUAUUACAGCGCUUGAAAUGGCAGAGGGAAAACCACCAUAUGGUGACAUUCAUCCGAUGAGAGCGAUAUUUAUGAUUCCACAACGUCCACCACCGUCAUUUCGUGAACCCGAUCGGUGGACUCCAGAAUUUAUAGAAUUUGUUAGUAUGUGCCUGGUAAAAAAUCCCGAAGAGCGAGCGACCGCUACAGAUUUAUUGCAGCAUGAAUUUAUUAAAAAUGCCAAAUCGAGAAAUAUCCUUAGGCCAAUGAUUGCUGAAGCUCAUGAAAUUAGGGAGAGUCAGAAUAAUAGACAAAUAGCCAUAAAUCAAGCUAAACAACUUCAAAAUCAUCAUGAAGAUACCGAUGAAGAUGAUCAAGCAGUAAAUUCGAGAACAAUUAAGGAAUUUGGAGAUGAGUCGAAAACCCUUGUACCUGAGCGGGAUAAUGACACAGAUGGUGGAACAAUGAUUGCUCAUACAAAUUGUGAAACACUUGUUCCUGACAGUGGAACGAUGGUAGAAUUGGGUUCAAAUUUAGGAACUAUGGUUAUCAACAGUGACUCUGAAGAUGCUACAAUGAAAGAACAUGAAUCUGAUCCGGAAAAGCCUAAAUAUAGACCACUCUUCAUGGAUCAUUUCGAUCGAAAGCCUAACUUGACAGGAAAUGUUACUCAUAUAAUGGCAGAGGGGCCACCUGUGGCUGAUAAUAGAGCCCCUGUGAUACCUUCAGCUCCACCAGCUGAACAAAUAAUAACACCUACACCGACAGAAGUGCAACAGGCUAAUGAAGAACGUCAGCGAUAUCAAUCGCAUUUGCAGCUUCAACUGAAUCAAAUUUCAGCAGCUAAUGCAGCAGGCAUGCAGCAAAUGCUUCAUCAUCAGAUGGGUCAGCCAGUGGACAAUGUCAUCAAUUUGCAAAUGCGAAACUUCGAGAAUCCCAUGAAAUAUCAGAGAAAUUUUGUUGAUGGAGAUUUUGAAUUUUUGAAGUUUCUUAGCUUCGAUGAUUUACAGCAAAGGCUGAAGAAUAUUGAUCAGGAAAUGGAAAGAGAAAUUGAUGAACUGGGGAGAAAAUAUCAUGCCAAACGUCAGCCGAUUCUCGAUGCCAUGGAUGCUAAGAGAAAGCGUCAGCAGAAUCUCAAUAAUAAUCUUAUUAAGAUCUAAAAUAACUCAUGAGCAAUAUAUUCUUUCUCAGACAGAACUAUUCAUUGGAACUAUUUGGAUAUUUUAUAAUCUCCUUGAAUUCAAAAAAUUAAUAAUGUUUAAAGUUCAUUAUAUUAACCAUUAAAAUACCAAUAGUUUAAAAAAUGAUUUUUUUUUAAACUAAUAGAAGGUUAUAAAAUAGUUGGAAAAGGUAAAUUGUUUAAGUAACCUGUGGCCAGACCCACUGCUCCAUAAAGGGUAAAAACAUCCUGUCAGACUUUUUGACCAUUUUAUCAAUUAAAAGUUUUUUCUUAACGAUUUCUAAUUUCAAGGAAUAGAAUGCUAGAAAAUGUUUGCUUUUGCUCUAGGUCCUGACAGAAAAUAUCUUAAAAAUAAUCAUUUUCAUAAAUUAAUUGUAUGUAGAUGGAAUUGAAAUCAAUUUCUAUAAAUUGUAUAAAAUACCAUCAUUGAACAUAGAAAUUGAUAAAUUCUUUAGAAAAAAAAAGAAUUUUACAGUAAAAAUAAUUAUAAAAAAGUAAAAGAAAUAGUUUGAAGAAGACUGUAAAAAAUAUGAAAAUUAUACAUUUUUCAUAUCCUUACUGGAAAUCGUAGUUUUUUAUAAUUAAUUGAAUAUAAUAAAGAAAAUAUAAAAGUUC